CUCACCUCCUCAGCUGGAGCAGGGAGGGGGGAGGCCAGAGAUCCAUGAGUUGCUCCUCAGUCCGGGAGCAGACCUGGACCUGAACCUGCAGAGGAUUUUUACUGUCGUGCGUAAAAACGCGCCGAUGGCACAGCUGGACGCGCUCCGAGUAGCUCCUGAACACGCUCCAGUCUGAGUGCGGGGGGGGAAGAGGUGUAAGCCUGCUCUCAUCUCAGGAUGGGACACCACAGCCGUCACCCGCCGCGAGCAUGAGCCACAGAAGCAGCCCGGCGCGCGCCUACGACUUUCUGCUCAAGUUCCUGCUGGUGGGCGACAGCGACGUGGGGAAGGGCGAGAUCCUGGCCAGCCUGCAGGACGGAGCCACCGAGUCCCCGUACGGCUACAACAUGGGAAUCGACUACAAGACGACCACCAUCCUCCUGGACGGGAGAAGAGUGAAGCUGCAGCUCUGGUACGAACACGCCGUCGUUCACACGGCUGCCUACGUCUCAUGUUAUCAGUCUGUGUGGAAAGAAAGCAGAGGACAACCAAAAUAUACAGGAGGCAUGUGAGGCCCGUUUACCCAAUAAAAAGCU